AUGCUUCCAAAAUACAUUUGUGAGAUGAGACCAGACUGCUCACAUCACAACCUUAGCUUCAUUGAUGGACAUCACAUGUCAAGAAAAUAUGACAGCGAUGUUCAAGUCAUCAGUCAUCCAUAUGGACUUAAGGACAUCACCUUAGGUUCAUUUACAUCGACUUACUGCGAUAAAUUCAAUAAUCUCGAAAACAUCACACUUGUGGAUUUAAAAAUCCAAAAUCUAAGCCAAGCUGCCUUCAAAAACUGUCGAAAAUUGGAAAUUUUGAAUUUUAACUACAACGAAAUUCGAGAAGUUCCUGAAAAUCUCCUGACCGCAAACCGCAAAUUAAAAUCAUUUUACAUCAGCACCAACAAGAUAACAACAUUGCAUGUCAAUACAUUCAAGUCACAGCGGGAACUUACAAGACUUGAUUUAUCAAUGAACAAAAUCAACUGCCUGCCUAGCAGCUUAUUCAAGCCGCUCACAAAACUCGACACUCUGUCACUCGGUGGAAAUCAGUUGACAAUAUUGGAUCAUGCUUGGUUCCAGCCACUCAAAAAUUUGGUCACAUUGCAUCUGUACUUUAAUGGCAUUUCAGAAUUGCCGAGUGGUAUUUUCAGUCCAUUUGAAAAAUUAUGGCUUUUGGCACUGGAAAAUAACAAAUUAUCGGAAAUUCAUCGAAGUUCUUUCGGGAAUCUUCAAGAUUUAGAGCAUGUCUAUCUUGACAAUAACCAAAUUUCAGCAAUUGAUGGAGACUUCAUUAAUAGUUUGAGGAAAAUUAAAGAAUUAGAUUUGAGAUUAAAUCAGUGCAGCAAUGACAAGUUUUUUACGUUUGAUAGAUUAAGUCAAAAGUUGUGUUAUUGCAUUCAGAAUUAUAGAACGACUGGUGAAAAUAGAGGAUAUUGA